GGUCGACCCGCCCGAUCCUAUACCGGCGUGAAUUUUACCUGGCCCAAACCACAAUAACAUGGAGCGAGACAUGAGUAUUGAGGUACCCGUCCCGACCUGCCCUCACGGCCUCAGGGUCAUGUAUAGUCUCAGUCUCUAAUGAAAACGCAGCGUUUUGAAGGAGUGUAAGAUCCGGCGGAGGAAAAACCUUCUGCCCCUCUGAUAAAGCAGAUUCAUUGUUCGUAAAAAUCGCCGCCUCUGUUUCCGCCAUUCCCAUCAUCGCCGCCGACAGUGUUGCAUUUUUAUGGGUUGAGGAAAUAGAAGUACGCCGAAGUAAACUUGCCUUGGAUUGAGUUGGAACUGAACAGGGAAGGGAACUCUUCAGAAUACAAGGGAUAACGAACGAUGAGAUGGAACAUGAACGCGGCCGCCAGGGCUAUGAAGCAGCUUCAGCAACAAGCGCGGUGCUUUCCCGUGAUUCCUUGCUCUUAUGCCCGCAUUUCAGCUUCCUUUCUUCAGUCUACUUCCCCGUCAAUUUAUCGCCUUUACUCCACCGAAUUCCAAACUCAGCUGUCCCCGGACCUUGUACGGAUCAUGGAACAGAGGUUAUCAUCUAUUGAACACAGGAGUGCUUCCCUUGAGAGCUUCAUCAACCGGCCAGAAGCCUCGCCAGCAGAAUUUUCAAGAGCUAAUAAGGAGCUGCGUAAGCUGAGGGAUCAUAUGGAUCUCAUACAGGAUUUGAGAACAAAACAGAAGGAGAUCAGUGGUUUGAAAUCUAUGCUGUCUGAAUGUGAGGAGGAUAAGGAAAUGAUUGAUAUGACGAAUGAGGAAUUGAGCCAGGCGUUAGCUGAAGAGAGAAGGCUUCAGACUUUGCUGCUGAAGUUGUUACUUCCGAAGGAUGAUGCUGAUGAGAGAGACUGCAUUUUGGAGGUGAGAGCAGGAACUGGAGGCGAGGAGGCUUCUUUAUUUGCAAUGGAUAUAUUCCGAAUGUAUGAGAGAUACUCGCAGAAGAAUGGUUGGAAAUUCGAAGUGGUUGAUAUAGCGGAGUCUGAUAUGAAGGGGUACAAGGAAGCCAGUGCAGCAAUCUCAGGAGCUGAUGUUUUUGGGAAGCUGAAAUUUGAGAGUGGAAUUCAUCGAGUUCAGCGAGUUCCAGUUACUGAGAAGUCUGGGCGCAUCCACACUAGUGCUGUGUCUGUUGCUAUCCUUCCACAAGCUGAUGAGGUAGUGGAUGUCCAGUUGAAGAACGAAGAUUUGAGAGUUGAUACUUACAGAUCUGGUGGUUCAGGGGGCCAGCAUGCAAAUACCACAAACAGUGCUGUCAGAAUAACCCAUCUUUCAACCGGGAUCGUUGUGGCCAUACAAGAUGAACGAUCCCAGCAUAUGAACAGGGCUAAAGCAAUGAAGGUCCUCUGUGCAAAGCUGUAUGAAAUGGAAAGGUCAAGACUUCAUUCGAGUCGGUCAAAACUUAGAUCAGACCAAAUAGGCAGUGGAGACAGAUCGGAACGAAUAAGGACAUACAACUUCCCUCAAGGGCGUGUGACAGAUCACAGGGUUGGCAUCACCCACCAUGCACUCACUGAUGUUAUGCAGGGAGAGGAUCUGGAUGUGUUCAUAGAUGCUCUUCUCUUGCGGCAGGAAAUGGAUGCCGUUGCAUCAUUCAGUUCCGCCGACUGAAAAAUCAUGUGGAGUGAGCUGCCUUCUAUGGUUAGUAAUAGUAUUUUUGCAGGGCCACUGCCACCACCCUGGGAUGGGCAUCCGGUUCUGUAAACUUGAACCAAACUGAACCAAACCGACAACUUGGUUCUUCGAACCGAACACUCUCUUCCUUGGGUUGGAAUUUGUUCUGUAUUUUAGCACUAGGCUAAUCCUUGGGCCAAUAAGAAACAAAUGUUAUCAAUACAGCACCCAAUAGUUGCGCAUUAUUUGAAAGUUUUCAGAUUCUGGGAUUGUGGAUGCCGAUUUCCUCAUAGUUAUCUUCUUUCUGGUGACCAUAAUUGGAGAUAACAUUCAUUGUUACGAGCUGUGUUCAUCAACUAACAGAUUUGAUGUUUAGAGCCUGUAUUGAUCUGGAUUACAUUACAUCACAUUAAUCUGAUUGGCAAGCCACUCAUGUGAUUGCUACACACUCUUGAGGAUUUAAUCACGAGUCACGACACGAAUUCACAACUAGCCUCGACAUCCUGCUUUUCUUCGAAAAGAACUUUCGCAGGCGCUUUCUGCAGUGUGAUGGCCAGAACGCUACCAGCAGCACCCGCUCCAUCUUCGCUGCAAUUUGCAGCAGCAGUUUGGUUAUCGCAACGGCCUCCUUAUCUUGGGAGAUAUGAAGAGACUGCUGCAGAUUUAUCAAACAUCCUUCCCCAGUUCUUCUGUCUUACUUUCUUUGCGGUUGUGAAUCACUCAUGUGAUUAGCCUUCCAGUUCUGCCAACUAUCACCUGCGUAGUACUAGUAGUUGCGCCAUGUCUUCGAAAGUCCUGCAGUUCCUUUCUUGCCAUAUAGUUCAAAUCAUCUAGUUUGUUUUUUUUUUUUUGGUUUGUAAUCUCAAUGAAAGAAGCAAGAGAGAAAAAAGGAGAAAGCCAGGGAAGAGGCAGUGCAUGGGAUGUGCCAAAACAUGUGUAUGCUGUUGUAGCUCAAUCCAUGCUCUGCCUGUUCCCAGCCUUUUUUUUAGCAUUCUUUUCUCUCUUUAUCUUCCCUUAGUUACCUUCUUACCUGAACCUGAUAUCGCUGCCUUCUGGCUUGCCCUCCUUCUUUCUCCACGAUGCUCUUUCUUUCCUGGCAUAUUGUUAUUGUUUAGGCAACUUGGGGAUGAAUGAAUGA